ACUGAGAAGGCUGCCAGCUGCACCACUGGUGCCCCUCUCCUAUCCAGACGAAGAGACGCUGGUGGCAUUUCCUCGGUUGCUGUGAAAGUAGAAGAGGAGGAGGCGAGUGUCUCCCAGCAAACACCCUCCUUGUCAACACCAGAGACCUACUAGAGCAAGACAUGUCACCAUCACACCUCUGACUCCCCCUCCUGCGUUGACCAUCCACGAACAGGAUGUGAGAUGUAUCUUCAAACAACAAAAGAUCAACAAAGCGCCUGGCCCAGACCUUGUCUCCCCGUCCUUCCUCAAAGUCUGCACGGACCAGCUUGCUCCAGUCUUCAAAUAGAUCUUCAUCAUAUCUGUGAAGUACCAUCCUGUUUCAAACGCUCCACCAUCAUCCCAGUCCCCAAGAAACCUGCACUCUCGGGUCUGAAUGACUACAGUCCUGUCUCCCUGACAUCUGUGGUCAUGAAGUCCUUUGAACGUCUCGUGCUGGACCACCUCAAGAGCGUCACAGGUCCCCUGCUGGACCCCCUGCAGUUUGCCUACCGAGCAAACAGGUCUGUGGAUGACGCAUUCAAAAUGGGACUGCACUUCAUCCUAGAACACCUCAACGUCACGCGGACCUACGCGAGGAUCCUGUUCUUGGACUUCAGCUCUGUGUUCAACACCAUCAUCCCUGAACUCCUCUCCUCCAAGCUUCUCCAGAGCAGCAUCUGGCCUGCCAUCUACCAGUGAAUUAACAGCUUCCUGACGGGGAGAACACAGCAGGUGAGGCUGGGGGAUACCACCUCAUCCACACGCACAACCAGCACCGGGGCGGCCCGAGCAUGUGUCCUCUCUCCGCUGCUCUUCUCUCUCUACACAAACGACUGCACCUCAACGCACCCGGCUGUCAAACUCCUGAAGUUUGCAGACGACACCACAGUCAUCGGCCUCAUCAAAGACUGUGACGAGUCUGCGUAUCGAUAGGAAGUGGAGCGGCUGGAGCUGUGGUGUGGCCAACACAACCUGGAGCUGAACACGCUCAAGACUGUAGAGAUGAUCGUGGACUUCAGGAGGCAUCCUUCGGCACAGCUGCCCUCACGCUGUCCAACUGCCCUGUAUCAACUGUCGAGACCUUCAAGUUCCUGGGAAUUACAGUCUCUCAGGACCUAAAGUGGGAGAUCAACACCAACUCCAUCCUCAAAAAGGCCCAGCAGAGGAUGUACUUCCUGGGGCUUCUGAGGAAGCACGGCCUGCCGCAGGAGCUGUUGAGGCAGGACUACACAGCCGUCAUCGAAUCUGUCCUGUGUUCAUCAAUCACAGUCUGGUUUGGUGCUGCCACAAAACAGGACAAACUCUGAGUGCAACAGACAAUCAAAACUGCUGAAAAAAUUGUCGGUACCCCCCUACCCACCCUUGAAGGGUAAAAAUCAUUUCUAAGGCAUUAAAUAUACCAUGGAACACAGUAAAGGCAUUAUCAAGUGGAGAAAAUAAGGCACAACUGUGACAUCUGUGAUAUCUCUCCAAAAUUGGAAGCCUUAAGAAAGAAAACACUUGAAAUCUCCCAAACACAUGUGGGAAGAUUUGUUAUGGUCCGGUGAAACCAAGGUUGAACUCAUCACUUAAAGAACACCAUACCAACAAGUAAAGCAUUGCAGUGGCAGCGUCAUGUUUUGGGGCUGUUUUUCUUUAGAUUGAGCUGGGGUCUUAGUCAAGGUAGAGGGAAUUGUGAACAGUUCCAAAUACCAGUCAGUGCUAGAGCAAAACCUUCAGGCUUCUGCAAGUUAAACUUUUUUUUUUUAAGAAGAUCUGAACUUGAUUUGGGAUUAAUCAGAGGCAGUUCAAAUGGUGGUAGUUGUUUGUUUGAUUUUUGUUUCAACUGAGAUGUAUGGUAGUCAGGACCGCCUCCAGUUGGCCACCGCGCAACCAAAACGAGAAGCAGAUUCUCUGUCGUUAUCGUCACAUGGCCGCAGGCAGAGACAAGUAAAAGUGGAGUAUGAUGAGGGUGUUUUGCCGGCGAAGACGAAACACUGGCAACCUCCUGAUUGGAAGAAACAGUUAGGGCACAUUCGUGAAAUGAGGAGCAGCCGUGAUGCCCCCGUAGAUAACAUGGGAGCAGAGAAGUGCUACGACGCAGAGGCUCCGGCUAAUGUGAGACGCUUUCAGGUUUUGGUGUCCCUGAUGCUGUCUAGUCAGACCAAAGACCAGGUGACGGCAGCUGCCAUGCAGAAGCUCAGAGCUCAUGGCUGUACUGCAGAAAAACUCCUGUCGACUGACGACGAAACUCUGGGAAAACUCAUCUACCCAGUCGGCUUCUGGAGGAACAAAGUCAAAUUUCUGAAGAUGACAGCAGCCAUGCUCGUGAAGGAUUAUGGAGGCGACAUCCCAGACAGCGUGGAGGCGCUUGUCCGUCUGCCAGGAGUUGGACCCAAGAUGGCUCACCUUGCUAUGGAUAUCGCCUGGGACCAAGUGUCUGGUAUAGGCGUAGACACACAUGUGCAUCGGAUCUCUAACAGGCUCGGCUGGCUCAUGAAGCCCACCAAGAACCCAGAGGCGACACGCAAGGCCCUACAGGAGUGGUUACCUAGGGAUCUCUGGAGCGAGAUUAACUGGCUGCUUGUGGGUUUUGGACAGCAGGUUUGCCUUCCAACCAACCCGCUCUGCUCCCUGUGUUUGAACCAGCAUAGCUGCCCGUCUGCUCACCAAAGUUCUCCUGCAAAGCGGCUAAAAGCUUCGGUUCUAGCCUCUUCCUUCCAAACAAAAGCUGAAUCUGGACAAGAAACUGUUGUUAAUGAGGAGAUGAUAAAAGAAGAGCCACAGCCGGUUAAUCCCACCACACUGAGAAGGAAGAUGAAAAACAAGAUUAAUCACUAAUUUAAACCUUCUCUUGGAUUAUGUUGAAUAACAUGGAUUGGUGGUUAGAGGGAUUUAAAUGGUUUUACCCACUUAAAACACUUUGUAAGUUUAGGAACAAAACAAAUACUCUGCUGUUGUUGCUGCCGUGGGAAACAGUGCUGACAUUAAUUUGGAAACUCCUAUUACAAGAUCACUUUUGUCUGUCCACUUCACUUCAAUCUGCAUAAAAUCGCACGAGGCAAGCAA